AUGUGUUCAUGUGUCCUCCCUCCUGUAGAAUAAGUUGAUUCAUCAUCCUAUUAAUAGCUCCGGUGUUAGUAGCGUCUUCCACUGGUGUAGUUCAUGUGCAGCCUGUGAGAGCUGACAGGCUGCUGCAGGAGGAGCACUGACUGCAAUGGGGCCUAGGAAAAGGUCACAGAGAGAUCUGCAUGGACUUGAAGAUCUGGUGGUUAAACAUGCACGGAUUGAAGAAUCUGGCUGGACCGGCGUGAAUGAGCGCACCUUCAUUGCCAUAAAACCAGAUGGCGUGCAGCGGAGACUGGUUGGAGAAAUCGUGCGUCGCUUUGAGAAGAGAGGGUUCAAACUGGUGGGCCUCAAACUUGUGCAGGCGUCUGAGGGUCUUCUGAGGGAACACUACUGGGAACUGAGGAGUAAGCCUUUCUUCAGGGGACUGAUGAGCUACAUGAGCUCUGGACCAGUUGUAGCAAUGGUGUGGGAGGGUUUGGACGUGGUCAAGACUGCACGGAAGAUGUUAGGAGAGACCAACCCUUCUGACUCGCUCCCUGGAACAGUCCGAGGAGAUUACUGUGUGGAAGUUGGCAGGAACGUGAUCCACGGCAGCGACUCCGUGGAGAGCGCCCAGAAGGAAAUCUCUCUGUGGUUUCGACAGAACGAACUUCACUGCUGGGAUGACAGCAGCAGCCACUGGAUCUACGACUGAUCUGGUCUACAUGUGCUGUGUGAACUCCGUCCUGUAGGUAAACCAGUGUUUUUCUAUAUUGGUGUCAUCACACGAUGGAUCACAUAUCUCAGAUACAUUUUUUUUUGGUUUUAGUAGCUUGUAGCCACAUGGGAGACGAGGUGUCAUUGCUGUUGCUGGAUCUUUAUUUUUCUUCAUAAAAUGUAUUUUUUUUAUCUAUUUGAACUGCAUUUCUGAGGUGAAAUGACUUUACAAAGCAAUCAUGCACUAAAUGAGCAAUAACUUGAUUGGUAACAUGACUGUGCCUGCUUUCUGUUACAGUUUUCAUUGUAGUCUUUGUUUAGUCCAGAACUCUAGCUCAUGUUUACAGUUAUUAAGCAAUAAGCUUUGAAUGUGGAGCAAUAAAUGGUCGUGAUUCAUAAUGUUCAUCAGGGAAUGACAACAUUUAAAUCAACCCUAAAGAUUAAUUUCUAUUGAAAGUACAGGGAACUUUAUCUUUGCAAUUAUGCAGGUGAUGUGCUGUGCAAAGUAUAUUCAGUUAUAUAAAUCAUCACGUUUUUCUUUGUCUCGUGGAAUAAAAUCCUCGCAACUUUCAUGGUGAAAAAUAAGCCAAAAUAUACAUGUUUUAUAGUACUUGCAAAGAAAACCCAUCAACAUGGGAGCAAUUAACCAACACAAUUAUUGCCUUUCUACAAACUCAUGAUUUUCAGUUCCCUGUACCUUUUAAAUAAAAAUUCUUUAAGGGUGUAAAAGAGUGUCAUUUAACUUGGGACUACUUGAAUGUAAAGGAUACAAGGUUCAAAAUAAGAUGCUUAAAGAGCUUUAAUUUUGUAAUUUAUUAGAUUCCAAAUUGAAAAGAAACCGAAUUAAGCGCGAUAAUGUAUUUUGUUCUAUAAAAAUUGUAAUUUCUCUAAUAGCUGCUUCUGUCACAUUUGUGCUUUUUUUAAAUCCCAUAAUGCUGUAUGAAUUGUAUUGGAUUUGUCUAAAACAAAUAAAUCUAAUCAGGAAAUCCUUUUUAAAA